AUGGCUGCAAAAUUUGUCGAUAUCGAUGAACAACACCCUACGAAACGUUUUUCGGAUUUAGUGGGAGAACCUUGUCGAAUGUUAAUACCUAUGGAAGGCUAUGAGAAAAAGCCUCUUGUUACACUAGAAGAGGCUGUAGAACCCAUUGUUGAAUAUGUACCUGAUGUGCGACGAAGAGCCUCCUUUGCGAAAACGAAAUGUGCAGAGCUUUCACCCGGAAAACUAUCCAUGGAUGAAGCAGCCUCGAUUACUCUCUAUUCAAUGGAAUGGGAGCCUCAAGACGAGUGUCUUUAUCAUGUUUUAAAUAAAACUUUACGAAAUGAAAAUCGGCAAAAACUAGAACCUUGGUUUCUUUUUCUCAAAUUGAUUCUCACU